AUGAGAGGAGCCGCGUGCAGCGCAACAGCCGACCCCGUGAGGGGAGCAGGGGCGGGCUCGAGCUGAGGGGCUGCUCCGGAGGGACUGGGCUGGCAUUUAUGGACAGAGGUCAUGUUGGAAGCCUGCUGUAUAGUUUUUCUUUUCUUUUUCUGCUAUCAAGUUGCCUCAGCAGAAGUUCACAGAGAAGGACAUUAUGUUGCUGCUGUGUACGAACAUCGACCCAUACUGAGUCCUAACCCAGCAACCCUGACUGAUCGACGCUCUGCAUUAGAGUUGAUGAGCAGAAACCUAUAUAUAUAUGAAGAGCAAGUAAUAGCUGCAGCCAAACAGGGGGCACAGAUCAUUGUAUUUCCUGAAGAUGGAAUCCAUGGCUUCAACUUCACUAGAGAGACCAUUUACCCUUAUUUGGAGUUUGUUCCAUGUCCCCAGUCUGUGAAAUGGAAUCCAUGCAGAGAGCCACAUCUGUUCAGCGAUACAGAGGUUCUUCAGCAACUGAGCUGCAUGGCACUGAGGAGCAAAAUGUUUCUAGUGGCAAACAUAGGAGCUAAGCAGCCCUGCGAGUAUAAUGAUCCUCUCUGCCCACCUGAUGGGAGAUACCAGUUUAAUACUGAUGUGGUAUUCAACGCCAAUGGUACUCUGGUAGCCAGAUACCGCAAACAAAACCUGUAUUUUGAAUAUGCUUUCAAUACUCCUCCAGAGGUUGAUCAUGUGCUUUUUGAUACACCUUUUGCUGGCAAGUUUGGCAUGUUCACUUGCUUUGAUAUACUCUUCUAUGAGCCUGCAGUAAGCCUUGUCAAGGAAUACAAUGUGAAGCAGGUUGUGUAUCCAACUGCAUGGAUGAACCAGCUCCCACUCCUGUCCGCUGUAGAAUUUCAACAAGCUUUUGCAACUGCUUUUAAUAUCAACGUUUUGGCAGCUAAUAUCCACCACCCUGCACUGGGUAUGACAGGUAGUGGCAUAUACACGCCAUUAAAGUCUUUCAUCUACCAUGACAUGGAAAGUCAUGAUGGCAAACUUAUAGUAGCAGAGAUCUCCGUGAUGACACCAGAGCGUGAACCCCAACUGGAGAGCAAUGCAAGACCCAGAAAGAGCAUUGAAUACCCCCACAACAAUUUUGCAAGCCUUCACAUAGAUGAUCAGGUUUGCAAUAAGAAGGAACAAAAGGCCCACUGCUGGGUAGCAGAAAAGGAAGACAAAGAAGCCCCUCUGAUAUUUUACAGGGAGAUGAUGUAUGACAAUUUCACUUUGGUUCCUGUAAGGGGAACUAAAGGGGAGCUCCAGGUUUGUGCCAACACCCUCUGUUGUUAUUUAAGUUACCAGAGACCUACUAUAUCUGAUGAAUUGUAUGCUUUGGGUGUCUUUGAUGGGCUUCAUACAGUCCAUGGCACAUACUAUGUUCAGGUUUGUGCCUUAGUGAAGUGUGGUGGCCUCAGCUAUAGCACCUGUGGGCAGGAGGUCACAGAUGCCACUGCUUUGAUAGAUUUUGAGCUGGGGGGAAAUUUUAGUACUUCCUAUAUCUUUCCUCUGCUGCUUAUGUCUGGUAUUAACCUAGACUUCACUGAUCACUUGGGUUGGAAAAACAACUACUAUUUCAUGAGCAAAAGUGGACUAUCCUCUGGUUUAGUGACAGCUGCUUUGUAUGGACGAUGGUAUGAGAGGGACUAG